UAGACUUUUAAACUACACUUUGUUGGGUCGCUCUUAGGUUCUUCCUUGGUAUGCUAUUUCAUCAAUUUCAUAUAAUAGACAAAUGCGAUUGAUUAAUUCCAAUGAACUAAUCAGUUGAUAAGGCUAAUCAGAAUUUCGUUGAAAUGGCCCAAAGUUUCUUUCACCAAUCUUCGUUUAGCUAACUGGUUAGUCCAUUGGACCAAUCACAUUUGUCAUUUCACAUAACAGGCAAUACGUUUGAUCAAUUGCAAAAUGGACUAGGAAUGGACGAUACAAUAGAGAAAAUCGAUUUUUCCACUGCAUCGUUAAUUUCUCCUAAAUGCGAAAAAAAGCGCCGUCUAAUCAGAUGGAUAAUACAGCAGAAAAAUCGAUUUUCUCUACUGUAUAGCUUAGAGACUCUAUACUCUAGUAUAGCCCAUCUCCUUACAAUGGACUAAUCGGUUGAUCAUCUAAACGAAGAUUGGUGAAAGAGGCCCUUAGCUAUUGUAAACGAGCCUUAUGUCUGAAGUGUGACCAACUUUAUGGCGCGAUAAAUUGAAAAACACGGAGUAGUCGAGCACUCAGAGCCAAAAUUCGUGAUUAUUGAAGAGUGUUUAUCAGGUGCCAGGCAAUAUAUUAUGAAAGCAAUGACCCAUCAUUACGUGGUGACGGCACAUAAACCAACGGCUGUCACCGCCUGCGUGACUGGUAAUUUUACUUCACCUACGGAUUUGAAUCUGAUAUUGGCCAAAAAUGUACGUUUGGAGAUAUAUCUCGUGACACCAGAAGGUCUGCGGCCUCUGAAAGAAGUCGGGAUCUACGGCAAAAUAGCUAUUAUAAAAUUUUUCAGACCGCCGCAUGAAAAGAAGGAUCUCCUGUUUCUAUUAACAACACGUUACAAUGCCAUGAUUUUGGAAUGUAUUGGUGAAGGAGAAGAUAUAGAAAUUAUAACAAAAGCCCAUGGGAACGUUGCAGAUCGUAUUGGAAAAGCUUCAGAGACAGGGAUUAAAGCUGUUAUUGAUCCAAAAGCACGAGUAAUCGGUCUUAGGUUGUAUGAUGGUCUCUUUAAAAUUAUACCCUUGGACAAAGAUAAUCCAGAAUUGAAAGCGUCUUCAAUCCGCAUGGAUGAGCAGCAAGUGCAGGAUGUCAAUUUUCUUCAUGGAUGUGCUAAUCCCACCUUAAUUCUUAUUCAUCAAGAUAUUAAUGGAAGACAUGUAAAAACACACGAGAUUAACUUGAGAGACAAAGAAUUUUCUAAGAUACCAUGGAGACAAGAUAAUGUAGAACGAGAGGCUAUGAUGGUUAUUCCUGUACCUUCUCCCAUGUGCGGUGCAAUCAUAAUAGGACAGGAGAGUAUUUUGUAUCACGAUGGUAAUUCGUACGUUGCGGUGGUGCCGCCAAUUAUAAAACAAAGCACUAUUACUUGCUACGCUAAAGUAGAUAAUCAAGGAUUAAGGUAUUUAUUGGGAGAUAUGGCUGGCCAUUUAUUCAUGCUAUUUUUAGAACAAGAAAAGAAGCCCGAUGGAACGCUAAGCGUAAAAGACUUGAAAGUCGAGUUGUUAGGCGAGAUUAGUAUACCAGAAUGUAUAACUUAUUUGGACAAUGGCGUAAUAUAUGUCGGUAGUCGCCUAGGUGAUUCCCAAUUGAUUAAAUUAAUUACAAAGGCAGAUGAGAAUGGUUCCUAUUGUGUACCUAUGGAAACGUUCACUAAUCUAGCGCCUAUUGUCGACAUGGCUGUUGUAGAUCUAGAAAGACAGGGCCAAGGGCAAAUGGUCACGUGUUCGGGUGCCUUCAAAGAAGGUUCCCUCAGGAUCAUUAGAAACGGCAUAGGUAUACAAGAACAUGCGAGUAUCGAUCUACCUGGGAUUAAAGGCAUGUGGGCUUUGAAGGUCGGCGGAUCGCAUUUCGACAAUACACUGGUAUUGUCGUUCGUCGGACAAACUAGGAUCCUAACUUUGAACGGCGAAGAAGUCGAGGAAACAGAUAUUCCGGGUUUUGUUGCGGACGAACAAACGUUCCAUACAGGUAAUGUCACCAAUGAUUUAUUCAUCCAAAUAACUCCAACCUCUGUUCGAUUGAUCUCGUACGAAAGCAAAAUGGUCAUCUCUGAAUGGGAGCCACAAAAUAAGAGAACCAUCAGCGUAGUAGCCUGUAAUGGCACCCAAGUCCUUUGCGCAACGGGAAAUGAUCUGUUUUACAUAGAGAUCUCAUGUAAUCAGAUUGUAUCCAAAGGAUUCGUUACUCUGCAACACGAAGUGGCAUGUCUGGACAUUUCCCCCCUGGAUGGCAACGAGGCCAAGAUCGUCGCCGUUGGGCUUUGGACGGACAUAUCUGUUCGUAUCUUAAUUCUGCCCAAUCUAGAGGAAAUCAAUAAAGAACUUCUUGGGGGCGAGAUUAUACCGAGGUCCAUCUUAAUGACCUGCUUCGAGGGUAACACAUACUUACUUUGCGCAUUAGGCGACGGUAGCAUGUACUAUUUUAUUCUACAUAAGCAGACUGGUAUACUCUCAGACAAAAAGAAGGUCACCUUAGGCACACAGCCUACUGUUCUCAGGACUUUCCGAUCACUCUCCACGACAAAUGUGUUUGCGUGCUCGGAUAGACCAACUGUCAUUUAUUCUUCGAAUCACAAGCUCGUUUUCAGCAAUGUCAAUUUGAAAGAGGUGAAUCACAUGUGCUCUCUGAACGCGGAAUCUUACCCCGACAGUCUGGCACUGGCGACCGACAGCACCGUUACUAUCGGGACGAUUGACGAGAUUCAGAAGCUUCACAUAAGAACGGUUCCGCUUGGCGAGUCUCCAAGAAGAAUCGCUUAUCAGGAGAGUUCGCAGACUUUUGGUGUUAUCACAAUGCGCGUCGACGUACAAGAAAGCAGCGGGGUGAGCAUUGUUAGGCAUUCCGCAUCUACCCAGGCGACGUCCACAUCCAGCAGCAGUCACAUCGCCUCGCACAACAAACCUAGUGGACACACGGCCAGUGAGAUUGGCCAAGAGAUUGAGGUUCACAAUCUUCUCAUCAUCGAUCAACACACGUUCGAGGUUCUACAUGCACAUACUCUGAUGGCUACCGAGUACGCGUUAUCGUUGAUCUCAACAAGACUGGGCGAGGAUCCGACUUCUUACUUCGUAGUCGGGACCGCGUUUAUAAAUCCCGAUGAGACUGAGCCCAAGAUGGGCAGGAUCUUGUUAUACCACUGGAGCGAGGGCAAGUUCACGCAGGUCGCGGAAAAGGAGAUCAAGGGUUCGUGUUAUUCUCUGGUCGAAUUUAAUGGAAAGCUCCUAGCGAGCAUCAAUAGUACCGUGCGACUGUUCGAAUGGACUGCGGAAAAGGAGCUCAGAUUGGAGUGCAGUCACUUUAAUAACAUUAUAGCGCUGUAUUUAAAGACUAAAGGCGAUUUUGUCCUAGUGGGAGAUCUAAUGAGAUCCCUUACGUUGCUUCAAUAUAAGACAAUGGAAGGCAGCUUUGAGGAAAUAGCUAGGGAUUACAAUCCCAAUUGGAUGACUUCUAUCGAGAUAUUAGACGACGAUACUUUUCUGGGUGCUGAAAAUUGCUUCAAUCUCUUCGUAUGUCAAAAGGACAGCGCUGCAACAUCCGAAGAUGAGAGGCAACAAAUGCAGGAGGUAGGCCAAUUUCAUUUGGGCGACAUGGUCAAUGUUUUCCGGCAUGGUUCGUUGGUGAUGCAGAAUCUAGGAGAAUCAAGCACGCCGACUUUGGGCUGCGUAUUAUUCGGCACUGUAAGCGGCGCGAUCGGUCUGGUGACGCAAAUACCAUAUUCAUUUUACGAAUUUCUGCAUAAUAUGGAGGAAAAAUUAAACAACGUGAUAAAGAGCGUGGGCAAAAUAGAACACAACUUCUGGCGAAGUUUCAAUACAGAUUUGAAGAUUGAGCAGUGCGAGGGAUUCAUAGAUGGUGAUCUGAUAGAAAGUUUCCUCGAUUUGAACCACGAAAAAAUGACAGAAGUUGCAACGGGACUUCAAAUCGACGACGGCAGCGGUAUGAAGAAGGAAGCGACGGUAGACGAUCUUGUAAAAAUAGUGGAGGAUCUUACAAGGAUACAUUAAAUGUUAUAUAAGUAAACAAUAUUUUAAAUUCACGAAAUGUUUCUGUAAGGAUAUUAGAAGUUAUAUAUAUAUAUAUACAUAUACAUACAUAUAUAUAUAUAUAUAUAUAUAUAUAUAUAUAUAUGUAUAUGUAUAUAUACAUAUAUAUACAUACGUAUAUAUACAUAUGUAUAUAUACAUAUAUAUACAUACAUACAUACAUAUGUAUAUAUGUAUACAUAUAUGUAUAUGUAUGUAUAUAAAAUAUUCUUAAGCGAUGAUUUAGUGAAAGCGCGAAUGUUUAUACAAUUAUUUUAUUGUUACUGCUGAUAUAUGCACAAAAAGACGCAAAUUUUCCCUUACUUUUCGACUGCUUUCUUCUAUCUACAAAAUUGUUUCUUUAACAUUUGUAAGUAUUGUGUGAAGAUUCAUAUCAAUGUUCAGUUGUGCGUUAGCAUCCGUCGCAGUAUUUUUUUAGACUCGAUCGUAGAAGUAAUAUACAAUAAUAUUCGUUAAUGAAUUAUUUUCAAGGAUGCUCGAGGAUUUGUAGAAUAAUGUCUUUGUAUCUUUGUAAGUUCGAGUGUGUAAAUAAAAAGGAUGAUACAUUUUAA